AUGGGAAUUGGAGUGAGUACAAGUAAAUCAAGAAUGGCAUUUCAAGAAUUGCCAGAAAUCCAACAAUUCAGACGUAAAUCUGUCCGUAAAGCACCCAAUAACAAUCGGUUGUAUGAUGGAGAGAUUUACUACAACCCAAAUCCUCAAAAUCCAACGACCACACAAACCGCCAGCAAUCACUCAUCUACUCCGUCCACUCCUUCUAAACUCUUAACGCCAACCUCUCCAACAUCAAGAAGAGGAAGCGAUGUUUCCGGACAAGCUCACUCUGAGAAAAUUGGUUAUGAAGUCAUCAAAUUAGUGGGUCGAGGUACAUUUGGAGAAGUCUAUCAUGUCAAACAAACAAACACUGGUAAAGAUCUUGCUUUAAAGAUAUUGAUUAAACCAGAAAAGUUGAGAGAUUUAGAAAAGAUUCAAAACGAAAUUGAAAUUAUGAAGUCACUCGUUCAUCCCAAUGUAUUGCAUUUAUUAGAUACAUUUGAAAUGAAGGAUGAAAAAAACACAGAUUGUAUUGUCAUUGUAUCAGAAUAUUGUGAAUUAGGUUCAAUUGCUGACUAUUUAGAAGCAGUAGUGAACAAUGAAAAGAUUAAUUUCCCUGUUUGGACAAUUACUGGUUGGUUUGUAGACAUGAUUGAGUCCAUUAAAUUCUGUUCUGCCCGUGGAGUCAUUCAUAGAGAUAUCAAACCUUCAAACAUGUUGAUUGAAGCUGUAGAUGGACGAAUGGUGAUUAGGUUAGCAGAUUUUGGUCUUUCAAAAGCGCUCAUGGCCAAACAAAUGGCAAACACCAUGUGUGGCUCUCCACUCUAUGCAGCACCUGAAAUUUACAAUCGAACAGGUUAUACAAGUGCUGUAGAUGUCUAUUCUCUGGGUGUUACAAUUUUAGAACUUGCUUGUUCAUAUUCACAUGAUGAAUUUAGUGAGAUUGUGGUUGAGGAACCACACCGAGUCAUGGAAUUAUUUAAUAGUGUCAAAUUAGCAAGUAUGAAAGAGCUCAUCAUGAAGAUGAUUCAUCCAGAUCCGAAAGUAAGAAUUGGAGUGAAUGAUUUAUCUGAACAUCCUCUUGUACGAGCCUAUCGAUUCUUUUUACAAAUUCGAUCCAUCAAGGGACUCACUAACUCUAGGAUAAUUUACGAGUUCUUGGAAUCACUUGGAACAGGCUCAUCUGAUGCUUCUUCCAAACUAACUGUUGAAUCCAUUGAUGACUCUGCAUCCUCCUCUCCAACUAGCCCUGUAACACCAGUCACUGUCACUCCACAAAUCAAACAAAAUGUGUUGGCUCAUAAGGAACUUUCAACGAAAGAAUUUUUCAGUGUCAUGCUAGAAGCUGUUACUAUUUAUAACGUAUAUCCAAAGAUGAAUGUUGUUUUUGAGCUAGUUGUAGCUUUGACUGUCAUCAAACAUCAACUUGUCAAGAACAAUCAUGUCAUUAUUGACAUGUUGAAUCAUGACGAUUCUCAUCUUAAGGCCAUGUUCAAUGUUAAAUCAGCACAUCCUGAGAAUUCUGAAAUUGUGGAAUUAGUUACUGAAGUUUUUGCAGAAUUCUCUAAGCGAGGUGAUGUCAGUAGAACUCAAAUUCUUAAGGUUCUUGGAGAUCUCAGAAUGGAAGAUAAGAUUGGAGACAAAGGAGAAGACAUUAAGCAAUUUAUGAAAGAAUUAUUCAAAAGAGACGUUGGCUUGAAGAAUUGUGCUCAACUUUUGAACAAUAGACGAAAGACUCAAACAGAUUCCAAAGUGUCAGAAUCAACUGUUGUUUCCAAUGUUGCCACAGUCGAUCAAGAGACUAACUUGGCACACGUGUAA